CAAUUAUUCAAAUACUUUAUAAACUGCAGAUCUCACUUGCUAGAUUUCUGCAAGAUCAACUUGUUAGCAGCUAGAUCUGCAUAUCUUUCUCCACCUGUUCAUAAACAUGUUUUUAGCCCAAUCAGAACACUAUUACUCUAAAUACGGCCCACCGUUCAGCUUGAUCUAUUUCAGCCUUUUUUUUUUCUCCCAAAAAUGAGGUCACCAAUUGUCCUAUCUGUUACUGAAUGCGGCGGGACCUAAUGGAACUGCAGGUCAUCUCCUCGCCUUGUUUACCCCUCCGAAUUCGGUCUUUAAAAAAUUCCCACACAGACAGAUAAACAAAUAUAAGCACAGUCGUCGAUUUCUAGUCUCAUCGUCAUGUCAUCCCUUGUCUCAAUCACGACAGCAUUGAGCAUCUGAUUUCGAGCCUCUUACCACGCCUUUCUAACUCAAAAAGGCGCCUUGCCCUCGUUAAAAACAGACAAUAUGAAACCAAACUCUUCCACCUCCCCAAAUCCAUACGCAUUCCCACUAAAACCGAAAGAUUACGCCCCAAACCCGGUCCCAAGUCUAGAAGAAUGGCACAAGCUAUGGACAGCAUGGGAGCUUGUAACGUUAAAAAUGAUCCCGAAAGAAGCGUUACAUGAAAAACCAAUCCCGUUGCGGAAUCCUCUUAUUUUCUACUUAGGUCAUAUACCAACUUUUGAAGAUAUUCAUCUGGCACGAGCAACGAACGAGUCCGCAACUGAACCUGAGUAUUAUCAGCGCAUUUUUGAAAGGGGGAUAGAUCCGGAUGUGGAUGAUCCUACUCAAUGUCAUGAUCAUAGUGAGACCCCGGAUACUUGGCCGGAGUUGCAUGAGAUUGUGGAGUAUCGAGGGAAAGUCUGCAAGCGGAUCAAGGCGCUUUAUGAUUCUGGAAAGGCCUGGUCGGCCAGAAGUGUAGGUCGGGCUCUUUGGAUUGGAUUUGAGCAUGAAGGACUCCAUCUCGAAACCUUCCUGUGGAUGACGAUUCUAAGUCCAAAAAUUCUCCCACCCCCAUUACCCAGACCGGAUUUCGUCUCUAUGGCUGAGAAAGCCGCGCGCGAACGAGUUGAGAAUCAAUGGUUUCGUAUCGUCCCGCGGACCUUUUCAAUCGGUAUCGAAGACCCAGAAGACGAUAGCGAGGGCAAUGGCUACUUUGCAUGGGACAAUGAGCGUGAUCCGUACGAGGUCUCUGUUCAUGGUUUCGAAGCACAGGGCCGACCUGUCUCUAUUGGAGAAUAUGCAACGUAUCUGGUUGAAACUUCUCAGAUGGAUCGUAUACCGAUCUCAUGGACGCGUGAAUCUUCUCUCUCUGGCAAGACUAUUGCCAGUGACUACUCGUAUGGAGAAGAUAUCGACGUUCAGAAGAACUUCAUUGAUGGUCUCACUAUCAAGACUGUCUUCGGUCCUGUUCCUCUUAAUCUUGCGCUUGACUGGCCUGUUUAUAUCUCAUAUAAUGAUGCAGAAGCAUACGCAGACUGGGCAGGGGCUCGGAUUCCCACCCUCCACGAAGCACGCAGUAUUCAUCGACAAGUCGAAGAGGAAAGAAAGAUUGCCGCGAACAACAGUGAUGCAAAACAAAACCUAACACCCGGCAUAUCCCGAGAAGACAUCUACAUCGACCUAACAGGCUGCAACGUCGGCUUUCGCAACUUCCACCCUACUCCCGUAACGCAGAACGGCAAUCGACUCUGCGGCCAAAGUGAUAUGGGCGGCGCUUAUGAGUGGACGAGUUCUCUAUUUGCGCCUCAGCCGGGUUUCAAACCGAUGGAUAUAUAUCCUGGGUAUAGUGCCGAUUUCAUGGAUGGAAAACAUAUUCUCGUCGUGGGGGGAACGUGGGCCUUGCAUCCGCGGAUUUCUGGGAAGAGGACUUUCCUCAAUUGGUGGCAGAAAAGCUACCCAUAUCCCUGGGUAGGUCUUCGACUGGUCCGGGAUAUUCCUCCCAAACGUGAAUGCAACUAGGAUUAUGUGUCUUGAGAGGGUGUUCUCGGGAUUUGGGUAAUGUUAGAUGGAUGAGAUCUGUACCUGCAUCUGUAUAGAACUUACGAUACGAGUUUGUCCGCAUACUUGAUACUUGCUUGUGGCGAUCUAUAAAUUCGUAUAGCUCUCUUAUUGAAGCAGUGGAACUCGUUGAAAUUUACACUCUACAAGAGGAAUGGAAUGGUCUUGAUG